AUGUCCCUUGCCGCUUCAAGUGGCAGAUCCGUCAGAAAGCGAAACGUCGUUUCGCGUGGUCGAACGGGUUGUUUGACGUGCCGCCGCAGAAGACUGAAGUGCGACGAGACGAAACCGGGAUGUAAUAAUUGCAGACGAAUCAAUCAACCAUGUGAAGGAUAUGCGCAAAGGAUCACCUUCAAAGACCAGACAAAUUUGAUCGUUGCCAGAGCGAAUGGCAGAAACGUUGGGAAGAGAGGAAGGUCUUCGGGCUCCAAGAGCGAGAAGAAUGGCGACCCAGAUAGCACAUUUAUCGAAUCCAGCAGCCAAUUCUCAGUUACAGUGAAAGGGCCACCUUCGCCGCCCCCAUCCGAGUCUCCAGAUGCACGUUUUGUUGACAGCCUGACGAAUGAGGAUACUUCUCCACGAGUGGCUUUACACAGGGAUCCAACGACUCCAGACGAUUCCGACACUGAACAUCAUGUCGCGAAGGGAUUCGACAACAACGAGAGGCUGUUGACGUAUUCAGUUGCUCUUGAAUCCUCCCCUAAUACGCCUUCAAUCAGCCAGGCUCCCUAUAUGAUACCCCCCUCGCGGGUUUCUGCUCAUUAUAUGCUCUCUCCGGGCCGAAUCUUGCACAACUCAUCUUUGUCGUCGAUUGGAGUCUUUGAAUUCCCUGAGGAUCAUACGUAUUUCGAAUAUUCCGCGAAGGGCCAGCUCUCAAGCUUGUCAAAAAUCUUACCUCUUUCAGACUUUUUGCAAUCACGCCCUAUGUCUCCGUACGUAUAUAGCGCUGCCAUGGGUCUUGCGGCUCUCACCUUGUCAGCCCUCCAGCCCUCUCGAAAAGCUUCGGUAGGACUACGUCGCCAUGCCUUCCAUCAUACUCUUAGAGCUGUCCAAGGCUUGAAUUCAGAAUUAUCCUUGAGUUGCGCCGUAGGUAACUCAAGUCAUUCCUGGAAAGACGAGACAGCUCUUUCGUUUUUCGCCGCAACCAUGCUGUUGGCCAACUUCGAACUUCAGCGAGGCGCUUUACUUUCAUGGCGUUCGCACAUGCAAGGUGCUGCAUUGUGUCUCAGCUCCGCCCAUAAACAGCUUGUGCAAACCCCAACGGGUAUGCUGUUAGUAAUAGCGUUCGCAAGGAUGGCGCUUCUGCUGCGCUUGUACAACAGAGACUACUCAGUUACCACUGCAAAAACCAUGCCAACAAGAAUCUCAGAAUGGCUAGAUCUCCUUCUGCGGCAAUCCUCUCAGCUACGAGAUAGGAUGCUCUUAUUGGUGGAAGAGGUGACGACAUUGGAGAUCGAGAAACGUCAGCAGCCCGAGCUCGACAACUUCUGGUCAAGUAAGAGUAUGAAACUUCUCUGCAAACUGGACGGCUGGAGAGAUGACCUUCCCUUUGACGAAGUACCUGUAGAUGAGGACUCUGGGGGAGCUUAUCUGACGAUAUCGUCGCCUGACCAAACAGCCCUAAUACGUGUGCCUGCACUCGUAUUUCCAAAUGCCACUGACCAAUGCACCUCGGCAGUUAAUUAUGCAGCAUAUCUUUGCACAGGAAUGCGCGCACGUACUCGGUAUCUUCCAGAUGCAGGACGGAUCUUACCUCCCGAUGCAGAGCAGACCGCACUCACCAUAUGUCGCAUCGCGGCGGGAAUACCACCCACAAGAUUUGGCGAGUCUUUCACAUACAGUUAUGGCAUGCUUCCAUCCGUGGUUGGUGCUUACCGCUGGUCGGAAAACCCAGGUCUGCGUAACUGGGUGAAACAUUGGCUAGCAGGAUACCAAGGGCCGCGUGAAGGAAUAUGGAACAUCCAUCAAACGUUACGACUGCUUGCCACAAUGGACAGCCAGCUUCUCAAGGCCGGUUGCCAUUUUAUCGCCAUGAGAGUGAUUGACGAGCCACAAGAGCCGUCGUCAGAGUUGGACGAAUCCCGCAGCAAUGAGCCUUUUAAAGUAGUCUUGCACACCAGGAUGCGCGAUGGGACUUCGACGAAUGUCAUGAUUGUCAGAUAG